UUCAUCCGUCACGUCACUCUCUAGAAAUUUCCGGGUCACUCACUUCUUUGUCCAGACCUUCGUUGACUGCAGCAAAGUUCAUCGUAAACGGCGUUACUACCAAUCCGACGUGCCACGUACAAGGGGUCUGAAACAUUAUGAAAAAGGAUAUCAACAAUUGCAGAAAAAUCUGUUAGAUAGCCAAGUGGAUGACAAUCUGAUGCACAAAACCUGAACAGUGUCUACUUGGAGGUUUCGGGUGAUUAACUACUUGUGACGCGGUGAUAUCUCGAAUUUUGUUACGUUUACAGAACGUGUAUUCGGUUGCUAAUACGUGGCUGACUAGGAGCAUGAUGUAAAAGCCAGCCUCUCCUGGAACGGCUCAAAGCGAUCAAGCUUGGAUCGAGGGUGGCAUUUAUAUCAUUUCAUAACAAACUAUCACUGUCCUUACCUUGAAAGCAAAUCAUGCCUGUGCGUCGGGUCGACCCACCUCCGCAGCCUCCAGGUCUCUUCUUACGUUUCUGGCUUUUCUUCGCCAAACUCGCCCACUCAUUCACAGGCUUGUUCAAGUCAAAGGGACCUUCUACAACGCUGCCAACGCCGGUGACAGCGGGAAGUCAGAUUGCCCGUCACAAACCGCCUGUUCCCAGACGACUCGAGCUAGUAGAUCUCAAGCUAUCUAACAGGCACACUCCUCAGCGAAGCUCCCAGAAAAAAGGCCUCUCAAGUCAGUCUUCGGCAAUGCAUACUGUGGCAGAAGAAAUCCAUCAAGGCACCCUCUAUUGUGAUGGUAUCGGUAAUCAGAAUGAAGACUUGCGAACCAAGAAACAUGCAACUUCCUCGUUUCCCGGUUUCAUCGGACGAACAGUUUCGCCUGGCUGUGUAGCUGAAGGUAGCACUCUUCGUACACCAACUUCGCUCCGCAGUUUCGCCCAGCCUUUAGAUCGGGACUUGAGACGUUGCAACAGCAUCACGCCUGCCGUAGCUGAGAUAUGUAGCCCAACUUUGGUAUCGAGCAGCCCUCUUCCACCCCGAAGGCUCUCAUUGCGCACCGCUUCCAUCACAAAUGGAUCGGUUCUAGGCUCAAGCCUAGUGGGCCCUCAUUUAGCCAAUAUACCUCGUUUAACUGGCCCUCGUCUUCGUAUCUCUUCGUCGGCGAGAUCCGCUCAAGUGAGCGCAUCUGAGUCGGUUCAUAGCGUCAGCGCAUCCCCGUUCGCAAUCCGACGUGGGUUCUCAGGAGCAUCUGUGGGGAUACCUGAUCCCUCGAUCCGUCUUGAAUCCCCUUGGAGCCCCUCGGACAAGACGCUACCUCAUGAUGUAUGGAUGAAUUCAGAAGGUGUCCUAGCCAACGUUCGAGGCACUGUCUACGUCUCAUUCAAUGCUACGAAAUCUUUCCAAGACGAUGUUGUAGCCCUCCAACACGAGCCUUACACGACGCUUCCGUGUGCUCCUUCUUCUCGGUUCUCGGAUGACGGAGACGACUUUAUAUCCGUGUAUUCAAAUAUCUUCGACCUCCCGGAAGAAGAAGAGAAAUAUGAAGAAGGAUCCAGCAAAGGCACAUCUCAAGGUGACUCCUUCGAUGUUAAUGGUGCAGACAAGGGCUCUCCUCCCGGCGGAGCAGCAGACGUUUUGGUUGCGACAACUCCUGUCGAUGACUCUGCCGUUAUCAAGCAUGAUGCUGCUCAGAAUUCUACCGAGGAUGCUGAGGUCGAGGACUUGGACAAGUGUGAUACAUCAUCAGAGCUUGAAGGAGGUUUCUUCUAUGUCAUCUCCCAGUCAAAGUUUGAUCUGACCUCGGAUGACCACACGUCUGGUCUCGCCUACAUGCCUUCUUCGAAGCACCGAGAAGCACAUUCGCUCAGCGUUGCGUCUGAGCCUAUUGACCACCCCGAUCGUGCCACCAAACGUUUCUCGGUUCCAUGUCUCCAUUCCAUCCGGGAAUUUGAUCAGAGCUCACUUCGCGCAUCAACAUCGGAUUCUUCCCCUUCGAAACAUUUCACUGCCGCAGAAAGCAGGAGCUUGAGAGCACUCGCUGACAUUAUAUCUCUACUGGAUUUUGCUGCGAUGGAGGCUGCGGAGACUACUGGCGUUCCUGAGAUCUGUGGGUAAAUCUUGCUUGGUACGGGCCGAUUGAUGACACCUGUUCUGCUGUAUGAUUCCAUUCUUUUUACUCUAUUCGACUCGAUUAUUCUGAAUUCUGAAACGUUGUGGG